AUGGCUGAAACCAAUCUCGUCUUAAACCAUCGUGCUCAGACGUUAUCUACCUUCGACGCUGGAACCCUCGAUAGCGAUGGAUACGGCAAUCUUUCGGGCUUCACAGCAUCUGAGAUUGGCUACGAGGAACGUGUCCGCUCGGAACCAUACGUUGAUGAUGUCUUUCGCAAGCGCGUCCUUAUCGUCAGUGCUGGCAUCACCGGCAUACAGAAGGCCUGUACUUUUGUUUGGCUUUCCCAUUGUUUCCUCUUUAUUCUUUGA